AUGUGUUCUACUACAGUACUUUCCAAUUCUAUUGAUAUCAAAGACAGGCAUGGUGCAAAUAUACUUGUGCUUUUUGAUGUAGAUGGUACAUUGACUCCUUCAAGAGAUGUAGUUAGUCGAGAGAUGUUCGACCUUCUCUUAGAAUUGAAAAAGAAAGUGGUUAUUGGUUUCGUUGGUGGUAGUAAUCUUGAAAAACAGCAAGAACAGCUUGGACUUGAUGGAAUGUCGGUGAUUGAUAUUUUUGAUUAUGCUUUUCCUGAGAAUGGUUUGGUUGCAUAUGAGCAAGGAAAACUUUUGGAAUGUCAGUCCUUUAUUAAAUGGUUGGGUGAAGAAAAAUAUAAGAAGUUUGCCAACUUUUGUUUAAGAUAUAUGUCCGAAAUAGAUAUCCCUAUUAAAAGAGGAACGUUCAUUGAGUUCCGCAAUGGAUUGGUAAAUGUUUGCCCUAUAGGACGUAAUUCAAGUAUACAAGAGCGCAAUGAGUUUGAAGAAUAUGACCAAGUAUAUGAGAUACGGAAAAAAUUCGUUAAUGUCCUCCGUGAAGAAUUUAAAGAAUAUGGACUUGUUUUUUCAAUUGGUGGACAAAUUUCUUUUGAUGUUUUUCCUAAAGGUUGGGAUAAGACAUACUGCUUGAGACAUGUUAAAGACAAAGGGUUCAAGUAUAUCUAUUUUUUUGGUGAUAAGACAUACGAAGGAGGAAAUGAUUGGGAAAUUUACAAUAGCCCGUUAACAAUUGGAUACUCUGUUAAAACACCUAGAGAUACUAUAAGAAUUCUUCGAGAGUUAUUUUUUAAUGAGGAUUCAUUUCCUGUAUAA